AUGCCGAUAAAAGUAGAAGAUCAUGAACACCUUAUCGUUGUUGUAUCUGGUGGCGGACCAGUUGGUCUCACAUUUGCACUUCACUUAACGAUGAUGAUGGGUAAACAUGUGAAAAUAUUUAUUUAUGAGGGACGUUGGAUUGUUGAUCAACAAGGUAGAAUACAAUGGCAAGGUGGAAAACAAGGCAAAACACGUCGUGAUCAAGUUGUUACAUUACAAGAUCAUGUUAUAAAACAAAUGCCUGAGUAUAUACAACAAGGUCUUUUUCAAAAUAUAAAUGAAUGUGUUUGGCCAACAUCAAGAAAUAUUCCAAUUAGAGAAGUCGAAGAUCGUCUCCUUGACUUAAUACAACCAUUUGUUCAUAGUGGUCAAAUAGAACUCAUUCCAGAAAAUUUGCAUGAGCAAUCAGAAUGUCUUAUAAAAGGAAAUUUUGAUCUAUUGGUUGGUACAGAUGGUUCUAAUUCAUUUGUACGUCGCUACUGUAAUAUUCAAAUGAUGAGUGAAGGUCUUGAAUAUGCAUGUGGUGUAGCUUAUGAUAUUCCAGAUAAUGUUCCACCAACAGAAGAACCAUUACAUCAAGCACUUAAUUGUAUUUUAACUGUGUCUCAAACACGUUACUUAGUUAAUUCAUCUACAAGUCGUCGUGGUUAUUUAAAUGUUCGUCUAACUCAAGAUGAAUAUGACGAAUUACAAAGCCGUUUAGAAACAUUUCAAUUACGUAAUGAAUCAUUAGAUUUAUUAGAUUACAAUAAAUGUCCACAAUCACCUGUAUGGACAAUUAUACGACAAGGUUUAGACUUUUUUAAAAUAUCACCAAAAUAUGUUUCCCGUGUUGUACUCAUUGAAAUUAACGUUCGUCAUGCAUCCAUUGUUGCUCGUGAGCUUCGUUAUGAAAUUGAAACAGAUCCACAAAAAGCUAAUAAAUAUAAUGAAAAAAAGUAUAAAACUGCGUUAGCUUUUCUUGCUGGUGAUGCAGCAAUGAGUGUUCAUUUUUGGCCUGGUCGUGGAAUGAAUAGUGGAAUGAAAGCUGCUAUUGCAUUAGCACGUAAUAUUCUUCGUGCAUGCACAUCAAAUAAUGCAAUAAAUAUACGUAAACCAUUACGAUUUUUAGACUUCCUUGAUUAUGAAGGUUUCAUGGCUCGUCUUCGUGCACGUGAACAACAAGGUCGUUCACUACGUGUUCUGGUUGAUCCAAUUGAUAAAUCUGUUGAAGAAGCUUAUUCAUAUGCACAUAAUCCUUAUUGUUAUGAACGAUAUAUAACAAAUUUAAUUCAUAAAUUAAAAAUAACUCGACAGCGUCUACAAGAAAAUCCUGAAUGGCCUCAUAAAUCAAGACCAAUUACAGAUGAUGAAUUACAAACUCUAUCAAAUCGCACAGCACCAUAUGCUGUUGCACAAUUAUCCUUAGCAAAUCCAUGGCCAACACGAGAAAUGAGUGGAGCUGAGGUUCUCGUUGAACAUAUGUUUCCAUAUGAUUUGAAUAGAUGUUCACCUCUGCCUGUAACAAGAUGUCCAAGUUUACAUCGUACAAAUUCAAUGAUGAUUCGUUGUAAUUUUCAAAUAUUAUGGAUUAUAGAUGAUAAUAAAAAUGAAAAUAUUAAAAAUAUUUUUAAAGAUAUUGAAAAUUCACAAAAUACUCUUCGAUUAUCAACAAAUAAAGAUUGUGAUUAUCAAAUGACUUCUGUUCAAACAAUAGAUCAAGCUAAACAAUGGUUAACAACUAAUCAAGAAUCACUUCGACAACCACAUAUUAGACUUAAAGUUAUUACUUUAUGGACAAUAGAAAAGGAUAAAACAGCAAUCAAUGUCAUUAGAGCUGUUCGGUCCAUAUGUCUACGUGUACCUAUUCUAAUAUUUACAACUAAACAAGAUAAAAUACGAGCAGCACUUGAAUUUCCGAAUGUCGUUGCAACUGAUAAAGAAUAUGAAGUGAAAGAAUUUGUGGGACUUAAUCAAGGACCACUAUGGAAUGCCGGUUGUCAAGUAUCGUAUACAAUGAUGGAGUCAUUUGGCAACAAAGGAAUACAACCAUUACCAAUAGUAACAUCUGAUACAAUUCAUUUAGAUUGUGUUUCACAAAAUGCGAUGCUCCUUUGGAUUGACUCACCUAAAAAUGAUCCACAGUUAACCGAAGCAGUUCAAACAAAUUAUCCUUCAUUAAAAAUCAAUUUUCAACCAACUUACCAAGAUGCACGAAAAUAUUUAAAUGACAAUGCAUAUGACAUACGAAAACGAGAAAUAUUUAUUACUAUAUGUCGAGCUUAUUAUACAAAAGAAUCAAAAUGUUUUACAGAUGUUGUGCAACUUUUUCGUGAUCUGGGCAUCGGAAAUAGACCUAUAGCAGUUUAUACUUUAAGUAAAAUAGUUUUACUGGAAAAAACACCAGAUCUUCCAACAGGAAUUGAGGUGUAUGACAAUCCAGAUGAAUUAUUUACAUUUAUAAGUCGGUAUCUGGCAAAAACAAUUUAAUAGAUCUAUUCUAUAUAAUUUUAUGUAUAUAAAAAAUCAAUUAAGUUGAUUAAUAAAUUUAUUGCUGAAAAGAAUCAGGGUGUGCGUGUGGGGUGUGGGUUUGAGUGUGAUGAGAAGACUUACACCCACACCCACACCCACACCCACACCCACACCCACACCCACACCCACACCCACACCCACACCCACACCCACACCCACACCCACACCCACACCCACACCCA